UCUCCUAAUGCUCAUGGACAGCCCACUGAAUCGGGCUGGUCUCCUGCAGGUUUAUAUCCAUACCCAGAAGAAUGUACUAAUUGAAGUCAAUCCCCAAACCAGAAUCCCAAGAACUUUUGAUCGGUUUUGUGGUCUUAUGGUUCAGUUGCUGCAUAAGCUCAGUGUUCGAGCAGCUGAUGGGCCUCAGAAAUUGUUGAAGGUGAUUAAAAAUCCAGUCAGUGACCAUCUCCCUGUGGGCUGUAUGAAGAUUGGUACCUCUUUUGCAGUUCCCAAGGUGUCUGACCUGCGUGAACUGGUUCCUGCAGCAGAGCCAGUUGCCAUUGUGGUGGGAGCUUUCGCCCACGGUUCGGUCAAUGUUGACUACACAGAAAAGAUGGUCUCAGUCAGCAACUACCCUCUCUCUGCUGCCCUGACAUGUGCUAAAAUUACGACUGCCUUUGAGGAAGUCUGGGGUGUAGUGUGAGCUUCUGCUACUGCUGUCAUGGUGGACUUCUAUACAGUGACUCCACAUUCUGGAAAGGCCUUUCUACUUAGGUGUGAACCUGGUGCAGCUUUGGGCUCCUGGAAGGGAAGAGCAUUCAAUUUUGUCCUUGUAGCUUCUGGAGCAAAGAGACUUUAAGUGGACAGCCUUUUUCUUCCUAGUAAAGGUCACUUUUGGUAAG